AUGAAGAUUGGCAGACGGCAGGGAGAGGUGAGAGGUGAGAGGAAAGACCCUUCCCCCUCACCUCUCAACAGGGAAGACCAUUCCCUGUCACCUCUCAACAGGGAAGACCCUUCCCCCUCACCUCUCAACAGGGAAGACCCUUCCCCCUCACCUCUCAACAGGGAAGACCCUUCCCCCUCACCUCUCAACAGGGAAGACCAUUCCCUGUCACCUCUCAACAGGGAAGAUCCUUCCCCCUCACCUCUCAACAGGGAAGACCCUUCCCCCUCACCUCUCAACAGGGAAGACCAUUCCCUGUCACCUCUCAACAGGGAAGACCAGUCCCUGUCACCUCUCAACAGGGAAGACCCUUCCCCCUCACCUCUCAACAGGGAAGACCCUUCCCCCUCACCUCUCAACAGGGAAGACCAUUCCCUGUCACCUCUCAACAAGGAAGACCCUUCCCCCUCACCUCUCAACAGGGAAGACCCUUCCCCCUCACCUCUCAACAGGGAAGACCCUUCACUCUCACCUCUCAACAGGGAAGACCAUUCCCUGUCACCUCUCAACAGGGAAGACCCUUCCCCCUCACCUCUCAACAGGGAAGACCAGUCCCUGUCACCUCUCAACAGGGAAGACCAGUCCCUGUCACCUCUCAACAGGGAAGACCCUUCCCCCUCACCUCUCAACAGGGAAGACCAGUCCCUGUCACCUCUCAACAGGGAAGACCAGUCCCUGGAAGACCAGUCCCUGUCACCUCUCAACAGGGAAGACCCUUCCCCCUCACCUCUCAACAGGGAAGACCCUUCCCCCUCACCUCUCAACAGGGAAGACCAUUCCCUGUCACCUCUCAACAGGGAAGACCCUUCCCCCUCACCUCUCAACAGGGAAGACCAGUCCCUGUCACCUCUCAACAGGGAAGACCCUUCCCCCUCACCUCUCAACAGGGAAGACCAGUCCCUGUCACCUCUCAACAGGGAAGACCCUUCCCCCUCACCUCUCAACAGGGAAGACCAUUCCCUGUCACCUCUCAACAGGGAAGACCCUUCACUCUCACCUCUCAACAGGGAAGACCAUUCCCUGUCACCUCUCAACAGGGAAGACCAUUCCCUGUCACCUCUCAACAGGGAAGACCCUUCCCCCUCACCUCUCAACAGGGAAGACCCUUCCCCCUCACCUCUCAACAGGGAAGACCCUUCCCCCUCACCUCUCAACAGGGAAGACCAGUCCCUGUCACCUCUCAACAGGGAAGACCCUUCCCCCUCACCUCUCAACAGGGAAGACCCUUCCCCCUCACCUCUCAACAGGGAAGACCAUUCCCUGUCACAUCUCAACAGGGAAGACCCUUCACCUCAACUCAAAAUCCACUUGUCUGACUCUCUAGAGGUGAGCUAA